AUGGGGAUCCCCCCCGAUGGCUUGGAAGGGGAGCUGGAAAGGGGGGCUGCACCCCAGGUGUGCCACGGGCAGGACCUGUGGGACCCCAAGGGGAGGGAAGCAGCCGCCCACCUGGGGGAGGCUGAAGAGAUGAAGGUGAGGAAGAGGAGCAGGCCGGCGCGCUCCAAGGCCAGGAGGAUGGCUGCCAACGUCCGAGAGCGCAAGAGGAUCCUGGACUACAACCAAGCCUUCAACGCCCUGCGGCUGGCCCUCAAGCAUGACCUCAGUGGCAAGAGGCUCUCCAAAAUCGCCACCCUCCGGCGAGCCAUCAGCCGGAUCACGGCUCUGUCCCUGUCCCUGCACGGUGCCGCGCGCUGCUGGCCCUGCACCCACUCCGAGUGCCGCGGGCAGGGCGCGAGGGACGGCCGCCCCCGGCUCCCUGGUGCUGCAGGCUAUGGGGGAUAUCCCCUCGAGACCCAGCUCCAGCACCAUGAGAGUCCGAAGGAGGAUCGUCCGGCAGCCAGCCCUGCGUUUUAUCCCGUCGGGAGCCACCAGCUUGGUCUCCGGAGCAGCUGCCAGCGCAAACACAUGGGCAGCCUGCGAGCCCCCCCGGCAGCACCGCUCCCCUGGCAGCUGGGGGGGUUCCAGAGCUCAGGCUACCAGCGCCUCCCCAUCCACUGA